GACGACGACGACGACGACGACGACAAUUCGCAGCAGCAUCCAGCGUUGAACCAGCCUUCCCGUGCCGUGCAAGAAAGGCUAGCCAAGGAUGACGCUGAAAUCGAGCAGCUCGAGCGUAAGCUGGGUUUGAAAAAGGGUCGGAAGUCAAUCCCAAAGGCUUUCAAGGACGACGGACUCGACGAUUUGCUUGGCGAUCUUAACGACGGCGAUGAUUCGGAUGAAGGAAGCCGAAGAGUCAAGAGUGAGGCCGAUGAAUGGCUUGCGGCAAAACGAAGGAAAGCGACCCGCGACCAAGCCAAGUUCCGGUCUACAACAGGAAGCGACGACGAAGAUGACGAUGAUUCGCUUUUUCCAGACGAGGAAGCAUCGGACGAGGAGGAUGACGAAAAUGAUGAGGAUGACGAUAAAAUUCUCAUGGAAGAUCAGGACGAUUAUGAUGACCAAGGCUCAAUGGGAGAUUUUGACUCUGGAGAUGAGGAGACUGUCCAAAAAUCCAAGCCUGUCAGAGAGAAUCCAUAUCUUCCACCAGUCUCAGCUGGCACGCAGCUUCCCAAGUACAUCCCGCCAUCGUUGCGAGCACGAUCAGGCGGCGAUGCGGAUCUUGAGGCUCAGAUCCGAAGGAAACUGCAGGGUCCUGUCAACAGAGUCACUGAAGCAAACUUGAUAUCCAUUGUUGGUGAGAUCGACAAAAUUUAUCAGGACAAUCCGAGGGGUCACACCAACGAUAUCUUGACAAGCCUGUUAAUGGCUCAAGUCUGCGAUCCUUCAAGCAAGCCCGAUACGCUCCUCGUCCUAUCAGCUGGUUUCGUCGCUGCCCUCUACAAGGUCAUCGGUAUCGAUUUCGCCGCGCAUUUCCUUACCACGGCUGUUGAGCGUUUUCAGGAGGAGAGGAACCGAGCAAUCGUGGCGUCCAAAGAAGGCCGCAUACCCACGAAGGAGACGUCUAACCUCCUCACAGUGUUUGCGGAGAUGUACAUGUUCCGUGUCAUUGGUAGCAACCUGAUAUUCGACUUUGUGCGGCUCCUGCUCGGCGAUUUAUCAGAACUGAAUGCCGAGCUCUUACUACGAACUGUCCGUGUAUCAGGGCCUCAACUACGCAAGGACGACCCGUUGGCGCUGAAAGAUAUCGUCAGCUUGAUUCGUCCUGCGGUGGCCAAGAUUGGGGAGAAUAACCUGACGGUUCGCACCAGGUUUAUGAUUGAGACCAUCAGUGACCUCAAGAAUAACAAGAUCAAGGCCGGCGCGCAGGAUCUGGUUGUUCUUGGCGAGCAUGUGACGCGCAUGAGAAAGGUUCUGGGUUCUCUUGAUACACAAAAGCUCAAAGCAUCAGAGCCCCUUCGCAUCGGUCUCAAGGAUAUUGAGAACGCAGACAAGACGGGCAAAUGGUGGCUCGUAGGAGCCAGCUGGGCAGGCCAGGGUACACGAGAGGAAAAGAAGGAUAAUGACGGGGUCGCAGCCACAGGAGAUGUUGACGACGUGGUGAUUGCGGAUGCUAACGACCUGGCGACUCAAGAUUACACGCAGUUGGCAAGAGAGCAAGGCAUGAACACUGACGUUCGACGGGCCAUCUUUAUCGCGCUUGUUGCAGCUGCCGACUAUCAGGACGCAUACAUGCGAAUCCUCAAGCUACGACUCAACAAAUACAACAGACGCGAGGUGCCAAACGUGCUCCUCCAGUGCUCAGGAGCACAGCAACACUACAACCCUUUCUACACGCUAGUAUCCAAGAAGUUCUGCACCGAUUCACGGAUUAAACAUGCAUUUCAGGAUACCUUGUGGACCCUGUUCCGUAGGCUCGGUGAGCCGCUUUUUGGGGAAGAGGCCGAGGAGGAAGACGAGGAGGGGCUAGACGACCGGCGUCUCAUCAACACUGCCAAGAUGAUGGGUAGCUUAGUUGCCGAUGGCUCUGUCAGUCUCGGGAUCCUCAAGCCACUCAAUCUAGCUUACGUCAGGGAGAAGACGAGCUUGUUUGUCGAGGUAAUGCUCAUUACUAUACUUCAGGAGUGCAGUCACAUGAAGGGCAAGAGCGUGGAGGAGGCCCUUGGAGUGUGCUUCGGCAGCGGGUUGACGCCAGCCCUCGCAAGGAGCGUAAGCUAUUUCUUGCGCAAAAAGGUACGAGUCACAGACCUUGUGGGCGGCAAAAAAGAGACUAGAAAAGUCAAGGAGGCGUGUAAGGUGGCGGAGGCGUUGCUAGAAAAGCCAGAUAUGGGUGAAGAUGCAUAGAUCAACAGCUCGAACAUCAAUGAGUAAAAUUACAA